CACCGAGGAGGUGGAGCUGGCCUCUGUGGUCUUGGGGGUUCUGAAGUUUCCCCAAACCCACACUGCAGCUCACUUGGCUGAGGCCAAAAAUCUUCUCAUGGAAGAAUGGGGAAUUAAAGGGAAGGUGACAGGCCUGGUUACAGACUGUGCUCCCAACAUGGUUGCAUGUGCUAAUAUAUUACUGCUUCGGCACAUAAUGUGUUUUGCACAUAUGCUUAAUUUGGUGGUGAAAAAGUCCCUUGCCCAAACCCCUGAACUAGAGGAUAUCCGAAGUAAGGGGCGUAGGAUUGUCGGUCUUUUUAAAUCCAGCACCACAGCGAAGGAGAAGCUGUCAGAGAUGCAGCGACAGCUGGCCAGGCCAGAGCACAAAUUAAUACAAGAGGUGGAAACAAGAUGGAACAGCACAUUUAAUAUGUUGGAAAGGUUGUUUAAGGAGAGAGAGCCACUGGGGGCAGCUCUGGCCACCCUCCAUACAGACCUUCCUCCACUCACCUCAGAGGACUACCAGGCCAUACACCACUGCUUGAGCAUUCUUUCACCGUUUCAAGAGGCCACAGUUGAGCUUUCGACAGAAAAACGAGUGUCAGCAUCCAAAGUCAUUCCCAUGGUCAAAAUGCUGAAACAUUACAUCUCAAGCAGGUGUGGUCAGAUCACACACCCACUUGGUGAAAAACUGGCCACUAACUUGAAGAACAAUCUCCAUGAGAGGUUUUCAGCUCUGGAGAAGGUCACUGCUCUGUCAAUGGCAACCUUGUUGGACCCAAGGUUUAAAGAGCUGGGGUUCUGCAGCCAAGGCUCUGCCCACACGGCCAUAGAGCGACUCACUAAAGAGUGUGCUGCAACAAUGCAGGCGCUACUUCCAGAGGCACAGCCACAGUCGCCACCUAGAGAAAGUCCUUCAAGUCAGCAGGAAGAUGGUGGUCUCUGGGCCCUGCUGGACAGCCAUGUGGGGGUUCAACAGCAGGUGACCAGCACAACUGCCAGUGCAACAGUGGAGGUUCAGAGGUACUUAAAGGAACCUCACAUCCCAAGGACUCAGGACCCACUGAGAUACUGGGUUACCCACAAGGUUUUAUACCCACAUCUCUACAAGCUGGCAAUGAAGUUUUUAUGCACACCAGCUUCAUCUGUGCCUUGUGAGAGGAUCUUCUCCAAGGCUGGCGAAAUCGUCAGCCAAAGACGAAACAGGCUGAAGCCCAGCACAGUGGAGAAAAUUCUGUUUUUAAAUAAAAAUCUAUAACAUGUAUCCCACCCAGUCAUGUUAGACCCUGGUUCACAAUCACUCAUUCUCACUUUAUACAUGGCAUUCACAAUGUAACACAAGCACUUCUCACAAAUCUUCAAACAUUGUCUUUGUUUUAUUUCCACACUGAAGUGUUACAAGGGCAAGGAACUUAGUGGAGUAGAUGAUAUAUGUCCUGUCUGCCACCAGAUGCCGCUGUUCUGUGUGGUUUCGAAGCCCCAAAUGCUUCAUUCAUUUUUCUGGCACAUUUACACGAAGCCCCAUGAGAGCUUCAUGGGGCUUCGAUUCCCAUCCCUAAUCAAAACU